AUGUUCACUAUGAUAAAGGGCGUUGAGGAGGUUCUUCUCCAACACUUCAUUCAGACAAAGCAGGACAUUGCCUAUGCCAUCAACAAGCCUUUCCCCUUCUUCGAAGCCCUCCAAGACCACUACUUCAUCACUAAAAAAAAUGAUUCUAUAGAUGCCUGUCAGGAUCUGGUUCCUGUAUCCAGAGUGGUGUUCAAUGUUCUCACCAGUCUGGAGCGAACUUUCCAUCUGUCACUGCUACUGAUAUUGUUCAGCCAAGACAACCUACGUGAAUACCCCAGCCUAGGGGCAAUAUUCAGAAGCUUCGAAAAUGUUGUUACUGCCUAUGAAGAGAAUAAGAGAAGUCCACAGACCCUACCCCCACCACAACCAUCUCCACCAAACCAUCUGUCCUCUUCACCAAGAGUCGGUGAUCCGCAAGCAGGCUCACUGCAAAUCAAUGAGAUCCGGCAUGAGCAUCCCAGUCCUUCUCACCCAGCUGUGCCUCCCCCUGGCUUCGUCCAGGAAGGAAAGACUACUCCAGGCAAGAAACAUCUGGGGGGAAUGUGGGUCCGUGUAGCUGCCAAUUACCCAGGUCUGUCUGUUUUCUCACUUCCAGGAAAGUCCAAGGAUGAUACUUUAGAUUUUCUCUCUCCUACACUUCCUGUGACCUGUGGGAAGGCCAAAGGAAUUUUGUUCAAGCAGAAAAUGAGGCAAGGAUCCUCAUGAAAAUGCAUUCAGAAUGAAUCAGGGGAUUGGCUCACUCCAAAAGAAUUUUUAAGGGAAGGGAAAAGGUCCAAGUCAAAAGACUGGAAGAGGGAUAUAAGGUGCAAGCAGAAGACACUGAGAUUCCUGGAGCAGGAACUUCAAGAAGAGCAUGACUAG